CCUCCCGAUCCUGCAUCGUUCUUUCCCGCCCAAUUGCCAAACCUUUGCACACUUUUCUGCCGGAGUAGUUUUUUUGCCUACUCGGCCGCCCUGGCCCGAGUCAAUUCGAGUCAAUCCCCCCCUCCCUCACGGAAUCCGGCGCGGGUCACUUUUCCUGUCUUUGAAUAUCAGCCGACUUUUGUCUUCGUCCUUCCGCUACAGAGCUCAAGCUGUCUCCUGCGAGUCGCGAUUCUCGGACUGCUCUCCUACGAACUGCCGCCGUUUCCAACAGCACCACCACCACUAUCAAAUCACCUGAACCGCUCAACUUUUUCCUCCCGCCUCCGUAAACCUCCUGCAGUCUCCCACAGAUCCCCUGUUGGAUACGUAAGGUGUGACCAGUCAUUUUCGUCCUUGCCUCCACAUAUUCCUCUCCCCCAACCCUCAACUCUUUUCUCGUCCUUCCCCGUGUUUGAUGGAUCUUGUUAUUGUCCGUCCCCGUGCUUCUCGUUUGCCUCCUACGCCCUCACAAGCCUACUCGCAAAGGCCAAACAAUUCUUUGAACGAUUCGAACCUUUGCUGAUCUUAAUAAGCGAAACUCCCGCCUUGACUGCUGUCUAUUGCGCAAGCGACACACUUUUGACGGUACACGAACGCGAACGACCGUCUCUGCUCAUCCACUGCGUCCUGCCCUGCCUCCCCUGCCAAAGCCGACCCCGACGACUGUUGCUCGCUGCUUGUCCCCAUCGCCUUCGCUGCCAUUGAACGACUACAUUGCCUUGAUUGGCUACACGAGGUCGUACGACUGACCAUCUUGAGUCGCCAAACUCUUUCACCGACCAAGAAGCGUACGAGGCCCGGGCCUCAACUGCUUAAGGAUUAUUCGGCAAGCGAUCGAGCCGCUGUACAUCCACUCUACAUUGCAUAUAUCGAUUUCUAGAUCGACGACCGCCGACGUUUCGGGGGCCGAAAUGCUGGCGUUGUGAUGGACCCCAACUUUCUCAAAAACCUCGACUACUUUGCUGUCCCCAACAACCAAACAACAAACUCGGCCGAGCAGACUGCCGAGUCGUCCGCCGCAGGUGCUGCUAGAAAUGCGCCAGACAACUCCUUGUGGGAGUCCUUAGGCGGCGACCCUGCAAACUCUGAGUCGACGUCCAAUGGCCCCUCUGGUUCGUUGCCUUCCUUUGCUCAGGCAUCGCCUGCCAGCACGAACUUUGGGCUCGGCUCCAUGCCAGCUCAAAUGCAGUUCAACCAUGGUGGUCAACAAAGGAAUCCAGGCUUACCGAGCCGCGCUGCGCCGAACCAAGAUCCCCGGCGGAGAGAUGGCCAUGCACGGAAACGGACCAAGGUCGAUUCGGAGGCUGCUGCAUUGGAAUCGGUCGACUACUGGAUCCAAUUCGACGAUGAUGAGGAACAGAAGCUUGGUGGAAGCUUUGAGAUCGACUUUUCAAGGCGUAGCAACCCUACCCCGAAUUACCGGCCUAGGCCUGCUGCGAAUCGCCUGAAUCCCAUGUCGACUACACCUGGCCUGGGUGCAGGUUUAUACACCAACCCUGUGUUCAAGCCAGAGGACUUCAUGGAUGACGCUGCCCUCGACAAUGCCCUUUCGGAUGACGAGGACUUUUUGGAAUCAAUGAACCUCGGCGACCAGCUCGGGAAGAUUGAUUCCCAGCCGCCUCAGGAAGUACCACCUAGGGAGGGCCUUUACUCAACACCCUUGAGCUGGGAAAAGCCUGCGCCUGGGCUAAGGAUGAACCCCCUUUUUGGGAUGGGGGGAAUGGGUGCCAUGGGUGCGCCUAUGCUUGACCCUGAACAGCGACGCUUGCUAGCAAUAGCGCUCAACACGGGGCGAUCUUCAACCAGUCUGGGAUCCGGCAUGGGGUUUGGUGUCGGAGCAGAUCUUGGUCCGGAAUUUGCGAGCUUGGAGAACUUCGAUGCUACUAUGGCGUCAGGCAGCAUGAACGACCCGGCCAACGACCCCGAGCAAUCGGCUCCUCACAAGGGCAAGCAAAAGGAAAAGGCUCCCAUUAAGGAGGAGCCCGGCACCCAAAGGCCGCCAGUGUCACGGAGCACCACUAAUGCCACUGGCGUAUCCGAAAAGUCGAAAGACAAAGUCAAGGCUGGUGAUCGAACGGCACACAACGACAUUGAGAGAAAGUACCGUACCAAUCUCAAAGACAGAAUCUCGGAGCUGCGCGACGCGGUGCCGUCCCUGAGGUCAAUACCUGAGGAAGGAGGUGGUGAAGAUGCUGAGGUUGACAGCCAAUCGCAGCGCGGCCCCAAAGUUAGCAAGGGCACCGUCCUCACGAAGGCGACUGAAUAUAUACACUAUCUAGAACGAAGGAAUAAGGCCAUUAUGCGUGAGCACCAGGAACUCGCGAGGCGCCUGCAGGCCUUUGAGCAGCUCUUGAGCGCGCAGGCUCGGCAGCCCUUCCCCAUGCCGAACUACAGCAGGACGCUGUUCGAUCCAAGAGGUUUCUGUUAAAAGAAUCUUCCCCCCUCUCAUCACAUGACGCAUUACGAUUGCGAACUGUACAUAUUACGUUUGUCAUGGGCUGCGAUUUGCCCCCCAAAAUAUACGAUUGUGGUCAAUCUACGAGGAAUGAGUAGGCAUGUUAAGAAUAAUCACAGGUUAUCAGACCUGCAAUGAAAUGUUUUACUGCGUUCGGAAUCGAAUGGAGCUCUUUGGGGAAUGAGAAUAUGGGGUUAUUGACCACUAGAGUGAUUCAUAUGCCUGGUGAUGUGUGGGGUCUGAGGCUUUUCGAGUUCAGAUGAACUUUGGUGUGAAUGAGUCCAGGCUCGAAGGCAGUGGCCCCCUCGAAACAAGAAGUGUCAGUCAAGGGGAAAACACAAACUUCUCGUUGGUUUUAGGAUAGUCUUCCAAGCUACCGUUGCUGCAG